AAGAUAUGACUCCAGAACGACCAUCUUCUCUCCAGAAGGUCGCCUGUACCAGGUGGAAUAUGCCAUGGAAGCCAUCGGGCACGCGGGCACCUGCCUGGGAAUCCUGGCCAAUGACGGAGUUCUGCUGGCAGCAGAGAGACGCAACAUCCACAAGCUCCUGGACGAGGUGUUUUUCUCAGAGAAGAUCUACAAACUAAACGAGGAUAUGGCUUGCAGUGUUGCAGGAAUAACUUCAGAUGCCAAUGUUCUGACAAACGAGCUGAGGCUGAUUGCACAGAGGUAUUUGUUACAGUAUCAAGAACCCAUUCCUUGUGAACAGCUAGUGACAGCACUGUGUGAUAUCAAGCAGGCCUAUACACAGUUUGGAGGAAAACGUCCUUUUGGUGUUUCCUUGCUCUACAUUGGUUGGGAUAAGCAUUAUGGAUUUCAGCUGUAUCAGAGUGAUCCUAGUGGAAAUUAUGGGGGCUGGAAAGCUACGUGCAUUGGGAAUAACAGUGCUGCAGCUGUGUCCAUGCUAAAGCAGGACUACAAAGAAGGAGAAAUGACCUUAAAGACUGCACUUGCAUUAGCCAUUAAGGUUCUGAACAAAACCAUGGAUGUGAGCAAGCUCUCUGCAGAGAAAGUUGAAAUUGCCACACUGACCAGAGAGAACGGAAAGACAGUAAUAAGGGUUCUCAAGCAAAAGGAGGUGGAACAAUUGAUAAAGCAACAUGAGGAGGAGGAAGCAAAAGCUGAACGUGAAAAGAAGGAAAAAGAACAAAAAGAGAAGGAUAAAUAGAGUCUGAGAUGAAGUGUUCUCUAGAUAACACAGGACCUGCUUCAGCAAAAGAUAUUCUGGUUUCCUGCUCUGUACAAACCUACAACUAUGCCAUGAGGACCCAGAAUUACUUUUGAUGAACCAGGUCCUUAAUCAUCAUUUAGAUAAUUAGCUUACUGCUCCUUCCAUUGACCGAUAAUUGCUUUAACUCUUGAACACUCUAUUUCUUUCAUCUUCUAUUUUUUAUUAUGGAAUAAAAUUUAAGACAAAUAGUGAUGGCUGUCUUUAUUUCCUCAAUAAUGCCUGGAAAUGCACAAUCUUGAGGAAUGUAAUUGUUUUAAACCAUUAAAACAAGGUAUGUGCUAGUUGGUAAAGGAGAAAUCUGGUGUUAGAACUGUUAGAAUUUUUGUGUGUAUGUGUGGGUUUUCCUUUUAAGGUAGUGACAAGAGCUCCUAAGUUUGAAAAGUCGUUUCACAAAUCCAAAAUUAAAGUGUGGUGGCAUG